CCGGGCCCCGGGGCGGCGGCGCUCGCUCUCGCGGGGUCUCGGGCGCGCCGGCUGGGCGCUCCGCAGCCAUGAGGGGGCCCUGGGCCGUCCGCUGUCUGAUACUGACCUCUGUCGCUGGGCCAUUGUUUAGAGGUAACAGUGCUCAAGUCACUGAUGUCAACUCCAAGGUGUUGAAAUGGAGUAAGAACGUUACGGAAGGGGAGUCUGGAUGCAAGGAAGGUCUGCAUCGCGGGAGCAAAUUCUGCUGUCUGCCAUGCCCUCCCGGCACACGAAAAGUUGCUGACUGUAAAGAUGAUGGGGGCCAACCAUCCUGUACCUUCUGCAAAGAGGGGAGGGACUACACAGACAAGGACCAUUUUUCUCCCAGAUGCAGAAGAUGUAGAAUUUGUGAUGGAGAGCACGGCUUAGAAGUGGAAAAGGACUGUACUCAGACCCAGAAUACCAAGUGCAGAUGUAAACCAAACUUUUUUUGUAACGUCUCUCUGUGUGAACACUGUAAUCCGUGCAUCACGUGUGAACAUGGAAUCCUUGAGAAUUGCAGCCCAACCAGCAACACCAAAUGUAAACAAGGAUCCAGCUCCAAGUAUCUGUGGUUUUGUGUCCUAAUCCCGAUUCUACUGUCUGCACUACUAGCAUGUUGGUAUGUGAUCAAACAGCGCAGGAAUAAAAAGAAUGACGGCUGUGGACCUAGAGUGUCACCUAUUGAAAGUAUGCCGAUGAUUUGCAGAGACACCGAUUUGAGUAAUUACAUCAGCAGCAUUGCCGAACAGAUGACAAUAACUCAAGUCAAAGAAUUCGUUCGGAAGAACGGUAUCAACGAGGCGAAAAUAGAUGAGAUCAAGAAUGACCACCUCCAAGACACCGCUGAACAGAAAGUACAGCUGCUCCGUAAUUGGUACCAGCUCCACGGGAGGAAGGGAGCAUGUUACACCUUAAUUACAGGUCUCCAAAAAGCCAAUCUCUGUACUCUUGCGGAGAAAAUUCAAGAGAUGGUCCAGCAGGACAUUCCUGGCUAACUUGAGUGUGGAAACUGUAAACGUGAAAAUGAAAGACAAAGCCUGGCUGAAUGUGAAUGUAUAUAUUAAGCCACAGAAAGCAAAAUUAGUGUUAGAAUGAGUUCUUAAUCGCUGUAGACUAUCAACAUCGCUUGGGUUUUUAUAGGGUGUGUUUUCUUUUUCAUUUGUUAGAUGUUAGAGCUAAUAUAUUUAUAGGUUUGGAGGGUCUCAUGAUUCUGACUUGAAGGAUGUUGGGAAGACAGACCUAGUUAAAAGUAAAUACAAUGGCAUGUUGAGUGUACAAGUGUGUGUACACAGGAGAAAAGAUUGGGAGCACACUUGAGUGUCUAAACUGGAGUUAGAGGGUGUAUGCAUGAAUAGAAUCCUGGUGUUGCCUUUUUCUUUUCUUGUUGAAAUGUUUCAUGCAUCGUUGCUAUUUGUUCAGAUGGGGAGGGAGUGGCCCUCCAGAAGUAAACUUACAAUUCUUUAUUAAUGAUAAGGCCCCAGUUUUGUCACUAGAUGACCAGAAAGAAUAUUUUAUUUUGUUUUACAGUUUUUUUAAUAUACUUUUUAAGUUUAUUUACUUAUUUUUGAGAAAGAGA